UAGCCAUUUCUCAGACAAACUGCCAGUAUGGUUUUAUUACAGACACAAUUCAUUACCAUUUUCAAUGUUGUUUUGCUAACAUCUUUCUUGCUCCCCAUAUUGCUUCGAAAUUCACAUUCUUCUGAAUUUUUUGUGAGUGCAACUACUCCAAGUUUUAAUGACAAUGAUUAUCUUGAAUUCCCUUUGAAUUUGGAGUAUUUGGAAGCUGAGUUCUUUCUUUAUGGAUCUUUGGGCCAUGGAUUGGAUGUUGUAGAUCCAAAAUUGGCUCAAGGAGGACCAUCACCAAUUGGUGCCAAGUUGGCCAAGCUUGAUCAAUUUAUUAGAGAUGUCAUCCUCCAAUUUGGGUUGCAAGAAGUUGGACAUUUGAGGGCCAUAAAGAAGAGAGUAAAAGGGUUUCCAAGGCCAUUACUUAAUUUAAGCAGUGAAGCAUUUGGCACAAUAAUGAACAAUGCCUUUGGAAAAGCUCUGGUCCCACCUUUUGAUCCCUACGCUAAUUCAAUUAACUACUUGCUUGCAUCUUACGUCAUUCCUUAUGUUGGUCUCACUGGCUACGUUGGAGCCAACCCUGAGCUUCAAAAUGCCACUUCCAAACAGCUAGUGGCAGGCCUUUUGGCAGUAGAAUCAGGACAAGAUGCAGUAAUUCGAGCAUUAUUAUAUGAGCGUAGAUCUCUUCCAGUGUAUCCAUAUGGAGUGAAUGUUGCAGAGUUUACUAAUCGCAUUUCCAAGCUUAGAAAUAAGUUAGAAAAGGGUUCCAAGGAUGAGGGUCUUGUCGUCCCCAAAAUUGAUGGCGCUGAGAGUAAAGUCUCAGGCAACAUCCUCGCCGCAAACAAAAACUCGGUUGCCUAUUCGAGAACGCCAGAGGAAAUCUUGAGGAUUGUUUAUGGCAGUGGCGAUGAGCAUACUCCCGGCGGUUUCCACCCUAAAGGAGGCGACGGUCGCAUCGCCAAAUAUUACUUAAAAAAUUCGAAUUAGUUUCUAGUUAGAUACAAGGUUGUUCCGUACGUUUUAGGAAGAGUUUUAAGAUAAGUUGCACUAUUCAUGACUCGUACGUUUGGUUUUUUCUUGUCUCUUUGUACCUUGUAGUAUUGUGUUACUUUUAAUUUCCCAGGCUUCAAAUGAUAAUAACAUGAAAAAGAAGAAAACAAGUCUUAAUUAA